GCUCGCCGGGGCCGCAGCCGCGAGUCGCUCCCGACGCCAAAUCCCUGUUCCUUCCUCUCUCCCCGCUCCGGCGGCCGCCUCCGCCCUCUGCCCGGCCGAGGCCCGCAACCAUCCGCUGAUCUAGGAGGAGAAGGUCGAAGGGCGUAACGCUCCCUCACGGGAGGUGAGGAGGAUGUCGGGGUUCGGCGAUGGGUACGUGGGGACGGCGCAGGACGCGGUGAAGAUCCGGAGGCUGGAGAAGCAGCGCGAGGCGGAGCGCCGCAAGAUCGAGGAGCUCAAGAACAAGUCCGCCGACGGGCAGCCCGGCCUCCUCCAGUUCGGCUCCAGCACCUCCGAGAUUCUUGAGACUGCAUUUAAGAAGGAAACUGUUGGUCUCGUCACGAGAGAGCAGUAUGUCGAAAAGAGGGUUAACAUUCGAACCAAGAUCGAGGAGGAAGAGAAAGAGAAACUUCAGAAGUUGCAACAAGAAGAAGAAGAACUACAAAUGCAGAAAAGGAAAAAGAGGAGAGUGAAGGGUGAUCCACGAUUAUCAUUCUGUGACGACAUUGAGAACGGAAGUGAUGAAGAUGAUUUUGAGAAUCACGAAACUCAAAAGAAAAAUGGCCCUAUCAAAUUUGGAAAGGAUCCAACUGUCGAGACAAGUUUUUUACCAGACAGAGAGAGGGAGGCAGAGGAACAAGCAGAACGCGAACGACUGAAGAAGCAGUGGUUGUGUGAGCAGGAAUUGAUCAAAAAUGAACCUCUCUCAAUUACCUACAGUUACUGGGAUGGGACUGGGCACAGAAGAGUUAUCCAGGUUCGUAAAGGUGACACUAUUGGAGAAUUCCUAAGGGCUGUUCAACAGCAGCUUGCCCCUGAGUUCCGUGAAGUACGGACAACGUCAGUUGAGAACCUGCUUUAUGUGAAGGAAGAUCUUAUCAUUCCUCAUCAACACAGCUUCUAUGAAUUAAUUAUUAACAAAGCAAGGGGCAAGAGUGGACCGCUUUUCCAUUUCGAUGUUCAUGAGGAUGUUCGUACCAUUGCCGAUGCAACCAAAGAAAAGGAUGAGUCUCAUGCGGGGAAGGUUGUAGAGAGGCAUUGGUAUGAGAAAAACAAGCAUAUAUUUCCAGCCUCAAGAUGGGAGAUCUAUGACCCAACUAAAAAGUGGGAGCGCUACACAAUCCAUGGGGACUAGAGUGUAGAAUGUCACAUACAGAGCUAAGUUAUUUGUACUUGGGAUGCCUGGAAUUACUAGCACAUUGUAUGAGAAUGACACAUCGAUGUGUCAUGAGUGGAAUAGGAAAGGUUAUUAGUGUUGUAUGAUUGUGGGAUUUACUUCUUUUGAUGCCUUGAAUUACUACCACAUUUGUACUUUUGUUUGCAAAUAUUUUCAUUGUUUGAUUGUACUCAAUGUUAUAACAUUCAGUGAAUGCAGAAAUUUCGCAUUCUUGUUACUA